CGACGAUAAUUUUCACCAUGGCUUCCCGGAAGGUCCUGCCACGUCUCACCGAGCGGAGUUUGCUGGCUCGCGUCGGCUCGAUACUGUUAAUCGGCUUCAUCGCUUCCGUUCCAGUGAUAGCGGCCCUGCGAGACGUGCAGGUAUCGGUACCACCGGCAGUCCGUCGUGGGGACACGGCCACACUGCACUGCUACUACGACAUGGACGGUGAGAGCCUGUACUCGGUCAAGUGGUACAAGGGUCGGCGCGAGUUCUACCGCUACACGCCCAAGGAAAGCCCACCGAUGAAAACGUUUCCCGCCCAAGGCGUCCAGGUGAAGCGAACCGCUUCGAACGAAAGCCAACUAACGCUGCUCGGGCUGUCGAUGGUGUCGUCCGGAAAAUACAGCUGCGAAGUAUCCGCUGAUGCACCUUCAUUCCACACCAUGAUCGUAACCGGCGAUCUGGAAGUGUGCGAGGUCCCGAAGCAUGUGCCCUCGAUACAUGGCAUGCGAUCGCGGUACCGCGUCGGGGAUAUCGUCCGUGGAAACUGCACGUCGCACAACUCGCGACCUCCGGCCAACCUCACCUGGUACAUCAACGAAGCGCAGGCUAAUCCGUCGUACAUUCGCACACACAAACCGUUCCGGGAGCGGAAGAACGAGUUCGAGACGUCGCUCGCCGGCAUCCAUUUUGUGGUCGGAAGCCACCAUUUCGUGAAUGGGAAGCUGAAGAUCCGUUGUGCGGCCAGAAUACACGACAUCUAUCUUCAGUCGACAGAGCGCUCGAUCGACGAGGAUCGGCCACGCGUUAUUUCGGCCGCAUCGUCCGCCAACAGCAACGGCAAUAGUAACGUGGCGAACGGAAACGUCAUCCCGUACGAUCACUUUCCACCGUACGCCGAGAACGAGCACGACCGGAAGGACUACAUGACGCAUUUGCAGGGCGAUAUGGCAGCCUCGGGAGGCUCAGCUUCGACCCUGCCAGCUUUCGCCGACAUCGACCGACUCUGGGUUCACCGAUCCAUCAAUCACCUGAGCAGAACGUUUGGUCCCGCGGUCAUCUUGCUGUUGCCCUUGGCUCACCCGCUGCUCAAAGCGCUACUGAAGGCAUGA